AUGGGUAGGGUUUUCGUUGACUGGGAGCUGUGGCAGCAGAUGACUUUCGUCCUAGCCUGCGCUAUCGGCGUCGUCUUCAUUAUCGGUUUCGCCAAGCUAUGGUGGACGAAUCGGUACAUCGCGAAGCUUGAAAUCAUCGACGCCGAGAAAAGAGCACACGUUGCAGAGCUCGAAUCAACCGGCCUACCGCCACCUCCGCGAAAGCAAUCCGAGAUCCCUUUCGGCGUCCGCGCCAUCCAGUCUGGUAUCGAGGUUGACGGGAUUUGGAUCUCUCGCCCCAACACGCCGGCCACCGAAUCACCUCCCAACUCAGCCAGGGCCAAGGGCAAGUAUGUUUCGAUGGGUCCAGUCUCGCCUACCUCUACAAUCUCCGACCCCUUCGGUUCUCCGACAUCGUCUCGUGGCGGCAUCGGUCCCCAGACAUAUCGCCCCAAGUCGGCCCACAACCCUGUAACGAGCAGAGCCGACGCCCUGAGCCAGCUUGAGGGCAAGCCUCAGAAUGCCCCGUCCUACAGCACGUACCAGCCCCAAGGCGCAAAGGCGAUCUCCGAGGCCUCAGACGAGACUGGAAGCCCUGUCAGCCCUGUCGACCGCUCUUCCUACAACGGCAUCGACGUCCGAGUGCCCAUCCGCGCUUCCCCCGUCAACCGUCACCUGAACAACGUCCGCAGCGUCAAAGGAGGCAACCCGCAGCCCACGACCGGCAACGGUGUCCGCGCCUUCAGCGGCAGCCUUCAGAACCCCAAGGACGGCAAAGGAUAUUCUACCACUUCUCAAGCCUCGUCCGCUGCUGGCGACUUCUCCGACCCAUUUGCGACCCCUCUGGAGUCUCGGUCGCCGGUUCCCAGCGCUGACCAAGGUCUUCUGCCCUCCCAGCAGGGUCCUCACGUGAAAUUUGCGACCGACGAGUAUAUUGCCAGCCAGCGUUACCCUAGUGACGGCAGCAGCGGUACCAGCGGAAGCAGCAGUAGUCACCACUCUUAG